AAGUUUAAUGAUGUCCUCGCUAGGAAAGGUCAUCUUGGGUGGCCUGCAGGCGCAAAAACAACUGAUAAGACAAGAAGAGCCCUUCAAGGCAUGACGUCAAGUACCCACUCGAACCAUAUCUCUCCCGUAGUGACCGUGAGGUGACUGUGUGUGAGCCAUGGGUCCGGCGUGGGAACAUCGACGACGAUCGUAACUGAAGUGUUCGGCGGAGCCAGGGCACGAUGAGCGCAGGGUACAAAGACUGACACGUGAUCGACCUGGUGCUUGAAAGAAGUACUGAAGAAAAAGCAAGUACUCGUUCAACCACCCGUCAACACGUGCCAACACAGCGAGGGCUCCCAGGGAGGUCACAUUCUUGCACACGGUUGUAACGCGCAAUAAGGUGGGCCAUGGGUCCGGCGUGGGAACAUCGACGACGAUCGUAACUGAAGUGUUCGGCGGAGCCAGGGCACGAUGAGCGCAGGGUACAAGGACUGACACGUGAUCUACCUGGUGCUUGAAAGAAGUACUGAAGAAAAAGGUUUGUAAGACUCGAAUACUAUUAUACGCUCCAUUGUGUGGUAUUGCAUUCAGCCAGAUAACAUAGUUGACGGGGACCAUAGCCCGCAUUGCCUUGACGUUUUCUUUUACCGUAGCAGGUAUUCGAUCAACCUCCCGUCAACACGUGCCAUCACAGCGAGGGCUCCCAGGGAGGUCACCUUCUUGCACACGGUUGUAACGCGCAAUAAGAGACGAUGACGACCGUUACGACAAAUAAAUCAGAGCUGGAGCUUCACAAACUCCUUGAACGAGCAGUCCUCCUCUCCUACUACGACAAAUUCAUCGAGAUAGGCGGGGACAAUGUGCAGCAGCUUCGUGACUCCAGCGGACACGAUUUCCAGGAGUUGAUCAACAUGGUAGAUAUGGCCAGAAAGCCACCCCACGUCAAGAGGUUCAAGAAAGCACUGGCAGAGUGGAAACCAGACCCAGUUGCAGCAACGUCCACCCCAGCGGAUGGAGCAGAAGGGGAGCUUCACAAGCUACUUCGAGGAGCAGAUCUUCUCUCCUACCACGACAAGUUCAUGGAGAUAGGCGGUGACAAUGUUCAGCAGCUUUUUGACUCGACGGCGGGCGAUUUCCAGGAAGUGAUUGGCCUUGUUGAUAUGGCCACAAAGCCAUUUCACAUCAAGAGACUGAAGAAAGCACUGGGCCAGUGGACAGGACCGUCAGUCGCGGUAGCGUCCAGUGCGGCUGACAAAUCAGAAGGGGAAGUUCACGAAUUACUUCGAGGAGCGGAUCUUCUCUCCUACCACGACAAGUUCAUCGAGCAAGGCGCAGACAAUGUGCAGCAGCUUUGUGACUCAACGGACGAAGAGUUCCAGACACUCACCGAGCACGUAGGCAUGGCCAGAAAGCCCCUUCACGUGAAAAGAUUGAAGAACGCACUCAAACAGUGGUCAAGCCAUGCAGCCGUAAUGACGUCCAUCCCUUCAAACGAGUCGGAGCGUGAAGUUCACGAACUGCUUCACCGAGCGGAUCUCCUCGCUUACUACGACAAGUUCAUCGAGAAAGGCUUGGACAAUGUGCAGCAGCUUUCUGACUCGACGGAAGAAGAUUUCCAGGAGUUCAUGGAUCUUGUUGGCAUGGCCGAAUUCCCUUUUCACGUGAUGAGGUUGAAGGACGAACUGGAACAGUGCACAGAGCAUCCAGGAACUUAUCCGGCUGGUCAAUUUGAUCCCCACGUGGAAAGGUUGCAACAGUGGAAAGACCUCAGGAAGGAAAUGCACGAAGCCAUUGCGGCCAAAGACGAGGCUCGUGUUCUAAAGUGCCUGAAUGCUAUGCCUGUAUUGAAACUGUGGCUGGAUCCUGUCACAAAAAAGUCAGCUCGUUACAAAGCAGUCGAAGAGAAAGCUUUCCGUAUUCAUGGUCUCUUAAUCUCGCGCGAAUGCGCCCUCAAAGACGACGAAGAAUCAUCGUGUUACCAAGGUCUCACACGCCUUGAACGAGCUGAAAUUCGUCGGCAACAAUAUUACACCACCAAAUACGAGGACUCUUACAUCGACUAUCUGAAAAGCAAAUCGCGGAGCACCACCGAAUGUGAUGACUUCGGUGUACGAUUGGAGAAGAUGUUUAAGCAGCUCUCCAGUGAUGAAGUAAACAGGAUUAUUCUCAAAGUUGUUUCAACAGCACCACACCUAGAAAUAGUGUUCGACUCUGCGGCUGAAAACGUUCAGAGGAUUACUGGAUCCGGCGGGUGUUCCACACGCGGUCUGACCUAUCCUGAAGAACAAAUGGUUUGUGUUUGCGGCAGCACAGAGAAGCGAGAAGUUUGGGGAACUCUCAUUCAUGAGUUGUCCCACAUGGCACUGUCCUUAGUUUACAAGAAUGAGGGAAAGCCAUAUAACCGCGGCGACAAGGAGAAGGAACAUCAUUACCAAGAAAUUCUGAACGAUGUUAAAGGAAGGAAAAAUAAUGUGCAUUUCCUUAUCCAGAAAGCCUUCGACAAUAAUGAGGAAGAAGAGCUAAUUGUACGGAUUCCUCACAUACUGACCGAAUGUGGUUGCGACGAAGGAAAUAGGAUUCUGGAGCUUCAAGCACCGAAACUACUAAAGUUUUUCAAGGACGCUGUCAUGCCAGACAUGCAGAGAUACAUUCUGAAUGGAAUCCGGUCCAUAGAUUCAACGGAAAUCGAAAAAGAAAACACAAGACUUGGAAAAGCUUUCCACAUUGGCCAAUUCAAAGUCAAUUUCAAGAAGCCGCUGGACCUGAGUGACCUGCAAAAUAUGCCUCUUCUCGUCCUUGCGGGUCCAGAACUGAGUCUCCUCGAAAUAAUGGUUCACAACACUGUGCAAUGCACAGGGCAGCCAUACUUGUUUUUCGAGCCAAACCAAAUGGACGAUACGCUAAAGCAUGUGUUAGUGAACUACAAAUGUCGAUUUGUGCUUGUAACGGUUCAUCCAAAGAAAAACGUCCAAGGUAUUAUUGAACUUCUGGGUGAAGUAUCCCGUGUGACUGGAACAAACGUCAUGUUGGUUGUGGAAGACAGUGGCGAAGAGUACUUGACGAAACAAGUUGCAAAAGACAAAUUCUUUGCCGGGAAACAUGAAGUUCGCAGUAUCGUUGAAGCAAACAUCGAGAAUGUCACGCGCGACUGCAAAGAAGAAUUGUUUAAUAAGUCUUCGUUAAGCCUUCAGGGCGAAUAUGUUUCAGAAUUUCCGAAUGUAAUGCAUACUGAUGCUUUCUUACGCUGCUUAGACACUUCGGUUUUCCUAAACCUGUGCCGAUGUAAGAAAAUUGACCUUGGACCUCGUCUUCAUGAACUUGAAGGUUCUGUCAAGAACUAUUACGUGGAGCGAGUGUUUACAAGGACUGUGCAAAUUGACCUGAAAGCGUGCACACUGGACGAUGACAAGAAUGAGGCUUUCGCACUUUUGGGGUGUCCGGAUGAUUGUGCUGCAAAACUUGUACCUGAUCGCUACGAGGCAAAACAUCAGGAAAAUUUAAUGCACUUUGAAAAAUUUGUGGUCCUUCAAGAGUCACGUGACUAUGAAGCUCUCCUACGGAAUAAUAAUUACAGGGAGAAGGUGGUGCAUCUGUUCCGGAUCAGUGAAUCCGAUAAGGGACUGGUGUGGAUUAAAUCAAAUGGCCCUCUCAGUCACCUUCCAAUGACUGGGAGUGGAGAUUACACUACAGAGAAGUUGCUGAAAGUGCCCGAGAAGGUCGUCCUCGUCACUGGCGCACCCGGUAUGGGAAAGAGUGUGCUGGCAUCUCGGUUGUGUACACAGGUAAAAACUCAAGACAAGAAGCGGUGGGUGCUCUACAUCGACCUUCCUCAGAGAAUGGCAUCUGUUAAAACUGCGUCGCCUACUCUGGAAUAUCUAGCGAAUCUGUGCCAAGUACAGAAAGAUGGGCUGGAGUUCGCUCUGUUCGAAGAAAGCUUGAACAAUGGGAGCCCUUUCGAGGUCGUUGUCGUGCUAGAUGGCUUCGAUGAAGUCAACGAGGAAUGCCGCAACCGUGUGCUGGAACUUGUACAGUUUCUAGCUAACAAAAAAGUUUGCAAGGCGUACAUUUUUACUCGCACUGUGUUUAAGCCCCGUGUACAAGAUGCCUUGCACACAGUGUCAUAUGAUCUGGUUCCUUUUUCUGAUGAAAACCAGAAUGAUUUCCUCACAAGAUAUAGGGGCCAAAUAGAAACUCCAGCCACCAGGAAUGACGCAUUUGCGCAAAAAUUCCAGCAAGUGUACGCGACAUUGAAGGAGAAAAACAAGACAAUUCUGGAAACCCCUCUCCUACUUCGUAUGAUGGCUCAGAUGGAGAGCGGAGAAAUCACGAAGUCGGGCGAUUACUCUUCGCUGCUCGAAAUUGCUGACAUCUCCGCUGGCGGAAGUAUAUACACUGUACACAUCUACAAGAUGUUUGUCGAGUACAAGCACCUUGUGCACCGAAAAGAGAAGGUGAAGGAAGACAUCGCCCUAAGUGCCGUGCGAGGGGACAAUGACGCCACGAAAUAUCCAUUCUAUGCAAACCAUGGUCUCCUCGCUAUGAUGUGUAUAUUUCCUCAGGAUGCCUUGAAAGCCUUAUUGAGUGAAGAAGAAUUAGUGCAGUUAGAUCCCGAAGGAAGUUUCAUCAAACGCGUUGCGGACAAUUCUCUCAAAGAAGGUUUUGUGAAUCGAAUUAACGAUGGAGGAACGCCCGAGUUUGUUCAUAAGACUUUCGCAGAAUUUUUUGCAGCUCACUACCUCCUGGAGAAGGCAAAGAUCAGAGAAAUAACGAGCUUUAGGAACAAAGUCCUAGAAUCGUAUAGUAAAGAAGACUACGAGGGUGUAAUGCUGUUGUUCGAUGGACUGGCGUCAGAGUCCUAUCCACUUCACUCUGCUGUGAUAAACAACAACGCUUCAUAUUUUGAGCAACUCGUUAUCCAAAGAAAGGGCAUGUUGCAGGUGGAUGAGCUGAAAAGGACCCCAUUGCACGUAGCUGCCCUGUAUGCUGAUGAAAUGACAUUGAAGAGGCUUCCAAUGGAUGAUAAACUAAUCCAGAAUGAUUUGUUUCAAAUGUCACCGUUUGGGUACGCUGAGCUCUGUUUUCCAUUGGACGAAAAACACCAUGGAAUGUGGUGGGUACCUUCUCGGACUGAGACUUCACUGGUGAGAGAGAGACUCAACGUAUUAUGCGCCCGAUGCAGCGAGGAAGCAGUGAAACAUUCUACCGAAAAUCUGCGCAGGUGUGAAACCUUGGAGCAAAAGAGACAUUUUCUCGAACGAGCAAUAUUCACGGCUGUGAGACACGACCUACAAGGCGUUUUAGACGUGUACCUGAGCUAUGUGUCCCAGAAAGAGAGUACCGUAAUCCUAGACAGAGACAUCAUGGACCAAUUAGAAUCACGCAAGGAACGAAGCUUGAGAUGUUCUGCAGAGCCUCAGGCAAUUGAAGAUCUCGAUGAUAUCAGAGACUAUAGAGAUAGAACUGUCCCUUUUUACGCAGAGUCGGAGGUUGUUUAUAAAAUGCUCCUUCCUUACUGCGAUAUGGGAAUUCUUGAUCAGGAUGGAAACACAAUGUUGCACAUUAGUGUGAAAGAAGGAAAUCUGAAGACAACAAAGUUUUACCUCGCACAUUUAUCCGUUAACAACAGAAAUGGACACUUUCAAACUCCUUUGCACUUGAGUGAAGAUGCAGAGAUUGUGAAGCUACUUCUUCCUCUUUAUUCCUCAGUGAAUGUUCUCGAUGAUGAGCAACAAACUCCGAUGGAUAUAUGUGCAAAGAGAGAUGAUUUGGAGGCCAUGAAGUUGUUACUCCUUCGCACUCGGAUAGAUGACGCACGUCACAUCAGACUGCAGACAACGCUUCAUGUGGCUUCUGACUCUCGUUCCCUUAAAACUGUGAAGUUUCUUCUACCUCACACAAAUGCGCACGUGCUUAACUACGAAAGAGAAACGUGCUUAGAAGUUGCUUGGACAAGUUGGGGAUAUUGUUUGAUUUCGGAGUCCAACGUUGUGGGGUGUCUCAUCCCACACUCGCUCGUGAACUCGCCUGAAACAUUCGGCUCAUCACCGUUGUACGUCUGGGCGAGACAUGGUCAAAGGAAAGUGAUGCAAACUCUAUGGCCUUAUUUGCGACACAGUGACCCUAGGCAUGCACAGAGGAUCAGCAGAAGCUAUCUGUAUGUGGAUGUGAAUUGGGAUUUCCAAGAAGAAAUUUGGUGUCUGAAAUUCCUCCUCCUCCAUUUCGAUGUGAUCGCUGAUGAUCGUUAUAGCCGUAAACUGCUACAUGAUAUGGCCAAGGACAAGCUACGUUGGAUACAAGAAUUAAAUUACAUUAAUUACGUGAAGAUGUUACUGCCGCAUUUAAAUCUCACUGAGCAGGAUUAUGUAAAAUAUAGCGCAGGAAAUGAUGACAUUGUUACCUUAUAUGGGAGAUGGUCGGACAUGAAUAACACCGAUGAUCCCCACAUUGACGAUGUUGACACCGAAAUGAUCGAUGACGAUGGCAGUAUGAAGUUGCUAGUAAAAGGCAGAAGAAGGUAAUGUGGAAGCUGUGGAACUUCACCUCUCCCAUUCAUCCGUGUACUUUACAGAUGAAAAAGAGAACACUGCAUUGCACUUGAGCGCGAGGAACGGACACACAAAUGUGGUGAAGCUUCUCAUUCCUUUUUCUACAUCAGUGGACGUGAUCAAUGUGGAUAGAGAAAC